AUUUGUGUUAUGUGGUUCAUCACUGUUAGACCGUAUUAUUUUCUGAUUACAGUACCAAACUAGGCGUGCACAUAGUAGUAUGUGAAGAGGUUGUUGUUAUUGGUUGACAUGGAUUAUAUCUAGGUGAAAACGGGCAUGCUCCCUUCUACGAGCACAAUCAAGGUCCUCUGUCAGUGUCUUAAGGAAUUUCCCAUUCAAGCUUUGGUGGUUGAUCCUGUCAUGGUCUCUACAAGUGGAGACACCUUAUCUGGUCCCUCAACUUUAGCCAGUUUUCGGUAAGUUUACUGAAAUUUACUGAAAGUUUCUCAAUAGCCCCCCCAACCCUUCAAUGUGUUCUAUGAAGCAGUUUGCCGGUAUUUGAUUGUGCUCUGUUAGUGUCUCUCUAUGUGAGGUAACAUUGUAACAUAUGCAUCUAUUUAUUACUCCAAUGUUUUCAUGAAACCAUGACAUUCGAUUACAUUAUAUUAGGGAGGAGCUCAUUCCCAUGGCUGAUAUAGUGACUCCAAAUCUGAAGGAGGCAUCUGCUUUGCUAGGUGGCGUGCACUUGGAAACACUUGAUGACAUGCGAUCUGCUGCUAAAUCUAUACAUGAAUUCGGCCCAAGGAAUGUACUUGUUAAAGGAGGUGACCUCCCCACUUCUAUGGAUGCUGUUGAUAUCUUAUAUGAUGGUGGGUAUGACAUACAUCUCCUGGAAGGAAUUUCAUGAAUUUCAGUCGCCACGCAUAAGAUCAGCAAAUACCCAUGGAACUGGUUGCACACUGGCUUCUUGUAUUGCAGCUGAGUUAUCUAAAGGCUCUCCAAUGAUUUUGGCUGUUAAGGUAGCUAAACAAUGUGUUGAAACAGCCUUAGAUUACAGUAAGGAUAUAGUCAUUGGAAAUGGUCUUCAAGGUCCUUUUGAUCAUCUAUUGAAGCUCAAGAGUAAUGCACUGAAGUCAUGUAGGGCACAUCAUUUUGUUCCAAGCGAUCUCUUCUUGUAUGCUGUUACAGAUUCAAGGAUGAACAAAAAGUGGGGGCAUUCAAUAACAGAUGCGGUGAGAGCUGCGGUGGAGGGUGGUGCCUCUAUUAUUCAACUUAGGGAGAAGGAUGCAGAAACAUUAGACUUCUUGGAAGCAGCAAAAGCAUGCUUGGAAAUAUGUCGCCUCCAUGAUGUACCCCUAUUGAUAAAUGACCGAAUUGACAUUGCACUAGCUAGUGGCGCUGAUGGCGUGCAUGUCGGGCAGUCUGACAUGCCUGCCCAUGCUGCCAGGGCCCUUCUCGGGCCCGACAAGAUUAUUGGAGUUUCGUGCAAAACACCAGAGCAAGCUCAUCGGGCAUGGGCAGAAGGGGCCGAUUACAUUGGCUGUGGGGGCGUAUAUCCAACAAACACUAAAGAAAACAAUCAGACAAUUGGAUUGGAUGGGCUGAAAUCUGUAUGUCUAGCUUCAAAAUUGCCAGUUGUGGCCAUUGGUGGCAUUGGCAUCUCCAAUGCCGAGGCUGUGAUGGCUAUGGGACUACCAAACCUGAAAGGUGUUGCUGUAGUGUCUACUUUGUUUGACAGGGAAUGUGUUGCCACGGAAACCAGAAAGCUGCAUAAGGUGCUUUCUCAAUCAGCCACAAAAGCAAACUAAAGCUUGUUGGUAUGUCACUACUCACCCAUGCAUUUGUUGAUCUCAUCUCUUUUUUGCCUGAUUUUCACCACAAAUUCAUGUCUAUGUUUGAGUAAUGAUUAGGCUUGCAUAAACAUACGCUCCCCAAACUCUACUUUUUUUGUGUGUGUGUGUGGAUUUUGCUGGGUUUGUUGUUGUUGCCCAAAAUUAAAAAUUAGAAGUACUCAAAGAGAUAAAGCAGACUAUUGGUGUUCUUGUAUAUGGCUGUAAAACACAUCAAUACAAUCUCCGUUGUUUGAACUUGAGGUAUCGUAAUGGAGGUCAAAAUUGUACAAGUGCCAUCUCUACAAACAAAAAUGUUUAGACAAU